GACCGACGAGUAGACAGAGCAGAAGAGUGUCUUCGCCAUAACGGCUGCUUCUUGACUGUCGCGAUCCCGCGUGCUUGAUCGACGUUCCUCCGAGUGACUAACUGUCUAUUUGUGAGCCUAACUACCGCUUGCCGAACGGAUCAAGAGCUAGCAAGCAACAUAUCGUCGCUUGCUUUGUAAAACCGUCCGGAUCAUCGAGAUUCAUCGAGUGGUGCUGCCGCGACCCAAGCCGGUUCGUUAGCUCGUCUGGAAAGCAGUGAAAGCUUUUCGAAUCAACGUUCAAAAUGACCGAGUCCGAGACCAAGACCGAGGUUUCUCCUGUUGAGGACAAACCCAAGGAGGAAACCGCGGCUGCCGGUGCCGAAACAACGGCUACCGCCAACGAGGAGCCCCCGGUGAAGGAGAUGCGGGCCGUAGUGCUGACCGGUUUCGGGGGUCUUAAGUCGGUCAAGAUCCAACAGAAGCCGCAACCCACCCCCGCCGAAGAUGAAGUACUCAUCAGAGUUCGUGCUACUGGUCUCAACUUCCCGGACUUGAUGGCGAGGCAGGGCGCUCUCGAUAACCUGCCGAAGGCUCCUUUCAUCAUGGGCUUCGAGCUGGCGGGUGAAGUGGAAGCCGUCGGAGAGAAAGUUGAGGGAUUCACUGUAGGCCAGAGAGUUUGCGCGCUGUCCGACAUGAAAGCCUGGGCUGAAUUGACGGCUGUUCCAGCCAAGCACUGCUAUCCUCUUCCUGACGGGAUCUCCUAUCAGGAUGCCGCUGCCGUACUUGUGAACUACACUGUUGCCCAUAGUCUAUUGUUCGACGUGGCCAAUAUCCGGAAAGGUCAAACCGUUCUCAUCCUCUCGAUCGGCGGGGGUGUCGGUCAGGCCUUGGCUCAGUUGUGCAAGACUGUCAAAGAUGUGACGGUCAUCGGAAUUGCCUCAAAAGCCAAGCAUGAACAACUGAACGACGUUUGUCACCAUCUGCUCGAGCGGGAAUCCUACACUGUCACACAGGUCAAGAAGGUCGCCGAACACGGAGUCGAUGUCGUCCUGGAUUGCUCGUGCGGCGAGGAUGUCAGCAGGGGCUACUCCCUCCUCAAGCCGAUGGGUCGCUACGUGCUUUACGGCACUUCCUUCUUCGUUUCGGGCGAGACCAAGAACCUCUUUUCCUUCGCCAAGAGCUGGUGGCAGGUCGACAGAAUCAACCCGAUCAAGCUGUACGACGACAACAAGAGCAUCAGCGGCUUCAAUAUGCGUCAUCUCCUGUUCCAGCAGGGACAGCACGCGUAUAUUGCCGAGAAAGUCGCAACCGUCUUCGAUUUGUUCAAGAGCUCCAAGAUUUCCCCGGUCGUAGACUCGACUUGGGCCUUCGAAGACAUUGCUGAAGCCAUGCAGAAGAUGCAUGACCGCAAGAACGUCGGCAAGCUGCUCCUGGAUCCGGCCAAGGAGCCCAAACCGCGACCUGUCGAGCCCGAGAAGCCCGUCAAGGUCGGACGAAAGGAAAGCAGAAAAGACAAGAGGAAUAAGGAGAAGAAGGAAAGCGAGGAGAAGAGCAAGAAGGAGGCUGACGAGAAGAAGGCUGCAGCCACCGACAAGAAGUCCGACGACGCUAAGGAAGCCAACGACAAGGAUGCUUCAAAGGAAGAAGCGAAGAAGGAGAACGGCGAUGCCGAAGAAAAAGAGAAGUCGAAGGACUAAGUGUGUUCCUGUGUUGGGAUGCCCUCUAUCUGUUUCGGCUCAGCCAGUUGUUGAGCUGUUGCUGCAGCUGCCGGAGAGGUCGAGGGCUACAGCAAGCAUCUAGGUCUCGUCGCACAUCUUUUCACCCCAUCUAAUGGAACCUGACACUCUCGUGACGGCCUAGACCAAGACGUCGAAGAAAAAGGAUAGCACAAUUUUAAUACACCGCCGACUGAUUGAAUCGUACAUUGAUCAGGAAAUCAAGCAUGCAUGUAAACCGAUCGAAGAAACAUUUGGCCAAAUUUGUACGGCGCCUCUGCUCCCACUACUCUGGAGCGAGCGAGUCAGCGUGCGAGAAAGGAAGAUUUUCAGUGGAAAGAUACCUUGGAUGAGCGUCGGACAAGGAAGACUUUUAACAUUUUCAACAGAGGAAGACAGACGGCGAUGAUUAUAAUGAUAAAAACAACAACGACUUCCUACGAUCCGAUGGGUAAUUUUCUCAUUAUUGUAACUGUCCUAACUUCGACGAAGCAACGAAGAAACAUUGGAGAUUUCUUCCAUGUCUGCUCAUUACCGUGGUUGAUUUGUGCUCAUUUCGGUGCUCAUUUGAAAGACGAACUGUUGGAUGGAUGGGCUGACGGAUGAAAGGCAGAAAGUUAGAUACAGAGCAGAGAAUACGAGGUCAGACGACAAGGCAAAAACACGGGAGAGUUGCCCGCAUGAAUACGAAGAAGAUGAAGCCAGUAAACUGAACAAAGUCGAUACUAUGCCCCUCUCUCAUUGGCAUACCAUUGCAAUUUACUGUAUUAGAUGUAUCUGUCGCAGAUCCUAGCGGCGACAGUCUAGUAGUGAACGCGGUAUCAGACAUCCACAUACACCAUCCAUACAUUUCACACACAUAUCUCUCACUCAUCAUCUGAUAAUUUGGUAUAAACUUGACGGUCUUAUUGUGUCACGGGCAGGGGCGUACACAGUUUUUCCGCGGCGGAGCUACGUUCAGUUCCGGGGAGAAACGGCUUCAGAAUGCGCGUUCCUCGAGUCCUAUGCUCGAGUGUUGCAGCCGUAAAACCUUGGGGGCCCCACUCGGUCCCUCCUGAGUACGCAAUUGAUCACGGGCGGUGGGCCGCUCCGAUUCUUCCAGCCUUUGGCACAGAGCGCUGCAAAAUGAAUAAAACUCAUUAUAUUCCUAAACUUUCUAUUGAA